AUCAGUAGUGCGCAGCUUGCAAGCUGCAAUUUUCCAUCUUUGAUCAUAUAGUCUCAAUGCUUGGGUAACUUCGCCGUUACGAAAUAGAUCUCGAAGACUCUUCCCUCUAACAGUGGUUGCUAAAGAAUUGCUUUGAAAAUAACCCUCCGAGGAAGUGUUAAAGCUCUGAAUUUGCUGUCGUCCAGCUGUUAUAUCAGAUCUGUAACUUAGGCGCUGGCUGAAUAUUUUCCGCAAACAAGUCAUGAAUUCAUCCAAUCUUACAAAUGCCACAAAUUCUACAUACUCUGAAGAUUAUCAUGUCUACUUCAUGGUAGAAGCGUUUUCCAUCAUGGUUUUGUUUGUACUUGCUAUAGCAACAGUUAUUAGCAAUGGCGUGUUUCUGUUUACGUAUUACAAAGACCCGCUCCAGUGUCUUCGAACUCCGUCGGCGAUCUUCAUCGCUGGCUUGACAAGCGCCAAUUUCCUGACUGGUUUGAUCGUGGAGCCAGCUUAUGUGGUGUUCUAUCUCUGGGCCUACACCUCCGAUUCAGAAGACCUGUGGAAAUUUCUUCGCUUCGCUCAAGCUUUUUCAUUUUUCACUAUGAACGCAUCCUUCCUCAUUAUGUUAGGACUGGGGAUUAUUCAGUAUUUACUGAUAAACAGCCCCAGAAUUUACGACAAGUUUGUAAGCCCAAAAUCUGCGCGCAACGGAGUGGUUUUCAUUUGGAUUUAUGCAAUAUUUUUCGCAUUGCUGCCUGAAAUGUUUGAUGUUGAUGACUUCGCCUACAUCUUGACGGACUUGAUACUGCAUGUAACACUGUUGACUAUUGCCCUUCUAGUACUGUACAUAGCCAUUUACUUCCAGUUCCGUAAGCUGGCUGAACGACAUCGAAAUGCUGAUUUAGGGGAAAAUGCAGGACAGGAAGGACUUUCUGCAGAAGCUACUGAGUCAGAACAGCGGAGACGACAGGCUGAAAAAGAUUUUGUGUACGGAACAUUGAUCUUGACAGCAAUGUUGAUCAUAACUGUUUGGCCAUUCUGUAUAACUUUAGCCCUAGUGCUGUUCAACUUUACAUUGAACGGGUAUAUUGCAUUGAUGAUUGCCCAGCUUUUCCUGUUGUGGAAGUUUGCCAUGGAUCCUUUUGUUUUUGCCUGGCGUUUAAGGAAGUUUAGGAAGUCACUGAUUCUGGCAAUGCAGAGAACCUGUUGCUGUCCAAACCCAUCAUUGCUGGGAGCUACAUAUAUCAGGCGGGAUGAGGUACCAAGUCCCAAACCAGAGGAUGAUGAUGAUGAUAUGGAGGUGACAGUCAUAGAAAACAGAGAACAAGAUCAUGGAGCUAAUGCAUAAUUCAAGUACUAUUUGUAAACUGAAAUUGUAGGGAUAGACAAAGCAUGUCAACAGGUUUCCAAUAAACCCUUUGGCCAGUUAGAGUGACUAGCAUCUAUUGGUAAUUUUUCCUUACAAUAUCACCCCUAAAUCAAACAUCAACAUCACAAGAUGAGGAAAUGACCACCAACUAAACAAGCCUUUGAUUGUAAAAAAAAUUGUCCUUGUGUAGGUCAUACUGGGAUAAGUGAGGUAAGUGAACCCAUUUUAAUUUGGUCAUAAAAGCCUAUGCUAGAAGAGAUGUGAAAGUAGGGUAGCAAAACGGGGGGGG